AUGACCCACCGCCAGAGCCUUACCACUUUCUUCCAAGCAGAAAUGCUCUUCUCCCUCGCGGAAUCUCGUAACUUGUCGCGAGUGUCCGUGGUUUACCUGCCAACGUUAUGGGAAUGCGAAUAUCAGAUUGUCCAUACCAUAUCGGGGCCCGUGAUCAUCUGCCGCAAUGCUACGUGUCGGUACGCAGAGGCCUGA